AUGCCUUCUAAAAAAGACAACAAAAAUAAUAGAAAUAUAUAUGGGCAAAACAAAGUAUUUGACUUGGAAGAUGAAAACGUAAAUCAUUUAGCUGUAAAAUAUUUGCAAGAUGUCAAGUUAGAGGCUAUGACAACUCUGGGUUUUGAAAUAAAUCAAAUUCAAAGUACGUUGAAAAAUACAAUAUAUGAGGCAGAUAUAUAUGAUGAUGAUCAGAAUUCAAACGCAAAUGGUGAUACAAAUAAUGCAAAUAAUUCCAAAGCAAUGAGUAAGUCUUAUCAAGAUGCAAAAAUAAAUACUAGAUGUAUCAAUUGGUAUAGAAAGACACAGAAAACUAUUUUAAGCAAUGACACAAAUAAUCCUUUAAAUAACGAUGAUAUUUUGAAUAAUAUUUUAUAUCAAUUAAAAUUGAUUUCUCUUUCAUUAAAUUCUGAUGAACAAAUUAGUCACACCAAAAUUAUUGAACUUUUAAAAAAUGUUCCUGAAAACUUGAUUUCCAAAUACAUUAUUGAUGAUGCUACAUUAGAAAAAUAUUUUAAUUCCUUAUCUGAUGAUCCAAAAAUUAAAACAACGGAUGAUGUUAAACAAUGGUUCAAAAAUAGAGCCACGUAUGCACCAAAAGGGUUUACACAUUGGUUCAAUUAUAUUCAAGAAAAUGAACCUUCUCAUAGCAUCUUCUACAAUAAUAUUAAUGAAAAAAGUUUUUGGACUUUGAUUCAAUACAUGUGUCAAAAUUGGAUCAAGAUGAUUAAAAAAAAUAAAAAGCAUCUAGUAUGUCUUCAUCUCAAACAAUGGUUGUUUUACUUGGUAAUCCAUUUGCCUAAUAGAUUAACAGCAGAUCAAACUAAUUCAGUCCGUCAAUUAGCUAAAAAAUGUCAACAACAUUCAGACUUCAAAGAUACAGCAGAUUUUAACUUCGCUACCAAUGAGAUGAAGCUAUUAAAUAUAACCCCGCCCUUUAAUGAUAAUCAAAUAUCUAUUUUCCAAUUAGUUGUUAUUGUAAUUGCCAAACAAUACGGACAAUUCGACUUACUGGAAAAGACGUUGAGUGAUGAGUAUCCUCCUGAAGUUCCGAAUUGA